UCUCAUCCCCUGGGAAGGCAUGCAGAGGGAGCAGCAGCAGCCCCCGAGCGAGCUCCCUGCCGGGCCACUGAGGGGUUCCCUCCCUGCCCUCUGCCGCAGCCAGCCGCGCUCCACUCCGGCCACUGAGGGAUGGGUGGACAGGCCGACCGACCGGCCGACCCCUCGCCCUCCGCCUGCCCCGGGGCGUCCUGGGAAAUGUAGUCCUCCUCGGGCAGGCGGCUCUAAUGGCAGAGGCGGCGAUUCGGCCGUGCCGCGCCGAGGACUGCCGGCAGGUCGUGCGCCUGAUUCGGAUUUUUGUGAAGAUGGGUUUGGCAAGGACCCCUUCUACAAAUGCCUGGUGGCCGAGGUGCCCCCGGAGUGCUGCAGCCAAGAUGGCCACACGAUCGUCGGCUACGGCCUGUAUUUCUUCACUUACAGUACCUGGAAAGGAAGGAAUAUUUAUAUGGAAGACCUCUACGUGAUGCCAGAAUUUCGAGGAAAAGGGAUCGGGAAGCAGCUGAUGGGGGCCAUUGCUCAGGCCGGCUUGGAGCAGGGCUGCACCCAGAUGAGGUUUGCAGCACUGGAUUGGAACCAGGCGGCCAUUGACUUCUACCUGCACCAAGGGGCUGUGGAUCUGACGGCCACGGAAGGCUGGCACUUCUUCCGCUUUGAAGCGGACGCCAUGCGAGGGCUCUCCCAGGGGGAGCCAGGAGGCGACCGAGUCCCCCCAGACACGUGAAGGAUGGAGGGGCCAAGUUCUGCAUGCUGGGGAGUCGGGGCGGUACCCCCAUUCCACCAAGGCCAGUGUACCAGCUCUUGAAUAGAAAUUAAAAACACAGAUAAGCCACAGACGGCGGGCUCUCUCGCAUUAAUAAUAUUUUCCAUGCCUGUUUUCAGUCUAUUCUGAGUUUGGGAAUCCUGAUCUCGGCAUCCUCUCAACAGUAGCCCUGAUCUGGGAUACUUUUAAGGACAGACCUCAGGAAAUGGCUUUUCACACAAGCUGUAAAUAAAUCUCAAAAUCCACCCCCAAAAGUGGGGAGGCACAGCU